AUGUCCCAAGAACUCAAGUCGAAGCUCGACGCCCUCUUGCAGGAAUCGGCUGCCAAGGGAGCCUCUGGUAUCCCCGGCGUGGCGCUCGUCGUCCUCCAGCGAGAGGGGAACGUGUACGAGGGUCAUGCGGGGGUGGACGACUUUGAUACCGGGAGGCCGUUUACGGAGGAUACAGUGGUGUGGAUCGCUAGUAUGACCAAGGCGAUGACGAGCGUCGCGGCGCUGCAGUGUGUAGAACGGAGCUUGAUAGGGCUGGAAGACGACGUCUCCCCUCUCGUGCCCGAGCUGCAGGAUGUGCAGCUGAUCGACCGUACGGCCGAGAACUUGGAGGAGGGGGAGUAUGUACUCAACCCGGCGAAGGAGAAGGUCACGCUUCGCAGGCUGUUGACCCAUUCGAGCGGGCUUAUAUAUGGGCAUGCGUAUCCGCAUGGGGUGAAGUAUAUGCUCAAGCACGACAUACCGGGUGUGAAGGCUGCUUCUAAAGCAGUGUUCGCCUUCCCUUCGUGGCAUGAAGCAGGCAAGGAAUGGCACUACGGGAUGAAAGAGAUCCGCGGCCCUUUAGGUAUGGACAGCACUGUGUUCAACCUUACUCCGGAGCUUGUACAGCGGAAAGCGUCUAUGUACGAGCGGGAGAAAAGCGGGGAUGUGAAGAAGAGGGAAGACGAGUGGCCCGAACGCGUGCAGGUGGACAUGGGCGGUGGAGGAUCAUGGUCUACCACAAGGGAUUAUGCAAAGUUCGUUAGGAUGCUCUUGCUCGGUGGGCGGACGCCUGAUGGGAAGGAGAUCCUCAAGCCUGAGACGUGGGAGAUGGGGAUGAAGGGACAGCUGGAACCGGAGGCCAAGAAGAGCUGUAACGAGUUUCACAGUUUGGGAGGGACGAGUUUGUCCAAGUUCCCCGGGGCGAAGAGAGAUUAUGGGCUGAUUGGGAUGGUGUUCGAGGAGCCGCUUGUUACUGGCCGCGCUACGGGAAGCGUGCAGUGGGCGGGUGUAGCAAACUGUUACUGGCUGGUGGACGCGAAGAAGGAUAUUGGGAUUUUACCUUCUUCGGAUCCGACACCGCACAGGCAGCUCAGAUCAAUCUUGCGACCACCUCCCCCCCCGCCGAAGAAUGUAUUCACAACCCUCACAACAAACUUCUUGUCUAUCCCUGCACGCUUCGGGCUACCUACGCAGUCUCAGUCCCCUGCACCGGCAACCCAAAUUCCAACGCCGACCGCUAAUCCUCCAGCGAUUGCACAGCAACCACCUCAAACAGCCAAGAAGCCCCUCAAGCAAGCGCACUUCCGCAUGCCUGUUCUCUCUGUCACCUACAGCAUCUCCUCCUCCCAGCCCCCUUGUUCACCCGAAACGAGCAAGAGCAGGGUCCAGGCUGAGGAGGCGCUUAGGGAGACACUGGUCACACUACGAGAGAGCGUCUGGAGUCCGGAGAGAGUAGAAGGGUUUUACAGGGAUUGUUGUAGGACCAGGGAAGAGAGACCGGACGAGAAGAUCAUCCUUGCUAUCAAGGUUGCUAACGACGAAUCACAGCAUGGUCUCAGUAACAAACCCCGCGUUCUUGAUCUCACAGGGAUCACACUAUCCGUGUUCCAUGCCGCUGCAGUCGCUGACGUCUUGGCACUCAACCUUCGACUUUCGAAAGUGAUCCUGGACGGAUGCGACCUCGACGAGCAAUCCCUGAAACCUCUCCUUCACGCAUUGCUGAUUUCUGCAGCGCUUCCCGCACUCUCACUCGCCAACAACCCCCGGCUCAAACCUCCCGCGCUCUCCCUGCUCCAAACAUACCUUUCACGUACACGCAAACUCUCUUCACUUGACCUUUCUGGCAUCCCUCUUCCGCCCGCGAGCGCACAGAUCCUUGUUCAGGUGCUCGCCAAGCCCGAGGAUGUGAAUGACGGGAGUCAGACCCCGCUAAGCCCGAACAUGAAGGGCAAGGGGGUGCGGAAGGAGGAUUGGGAGGUCGCUAGGCUGCUUCUGAGCGAGCCGUGGCACGAGGAGGGCGAAGACGAUGGGGACGGCCUGAUUACUCUUAGGCUGGACAACUGCAGUCUCAAGCCUGCAUCGCUCGAGGUCCUCGCUCACGCCAUUCGACCGUCUCAGCUCUGCCAUCUUUCUCUUCGUCAGAACCGCAUCUCCGCUUCUGGGGCCGUCGCUCUCGCAGUGCUCAUGAAGGAUUAUCCCGACACGUCCUUCCAGCCUAUCGUGAUGCCCCCUUCUUUCCCCCCUUCGCAAUCAUAUUCCUCCCUCUCUUCCUACGCUACCCCGCCACCUCCCCCUCGGCUCCUUCCACCUCGCCCGCCUACUGCACCUGCUGCUUCCGGCACUCCGCAGCCCUCUCAGGGCCCAAGCAGCGGUACCGCUCCUGCCGCACCUCCGACGACCUACGCCGCCUAUGUGCCCAAAGUGAAGCGUAUCCAGCAGCAGCAAGCGCUUCUCAUAGCCCAGGGUCGCCCACUUCCGCACAUACACCAAGUGCCUCCUCUCCCCCCUUCACUGCAGAACACUCCACGUUCCACACCCGCCGCUUCACCACGCGCGAGCGUAACUUCCCUCCCUCUCACUUCCUCUCUCAGCCCGGGCAACAGCCUACACUCACAUUUGCCUCCUCUAUCAACAGGCACUCCGGUCAGACGCAGCCCACCGAUCCUCGCCAGCAGCGACGGCGGAGGAAUCACCAUGCGACAAGUGCAGACGCGGGACGGGGACAAGCCUACGAACGGUGGGGGUGGGGGCCUCCCAAGCCCGGCUCUGUUGAGCCAUGUCAGGGGCUUGGAUGAAGUCCCUCGUUUGGGGAAGCUAAGGACAGUAGACCUGAAGGGGAACGAUAUUCGGACGGGCGUAACGUACAUCGCCCAAGUGUUGAAAAGGAACCGCACUCUGCGGGUGUUGAACCUCGCGGAAAACAGGAUUGACGAAAAGGGCUUGAGCUCAAUCGCUGAGGCGCUCAAGUAUAACGAGACACUCGAGACGCUCGACAUGAGUGGGAACCCGUGCUGCGGGCCGAGCCUCGAGGGGGUAACAUCCCUUCGCAUGGCGUUCACAGUGAAUCGCUCGCUCAAGCGGCUCUUCCUCUCUAACACGAACCUCACUUCAACGGCUGCCAUCCAUCUGGCCGAGUUCAUACCCGAAUCCUCCACGCUCUUGCAUCUCGACCUAACGAGGAACGACCUCGACUACGCGGGCAUCCUCGCCCUCGCAGCGGGCAUGAGGUCGAACAUGACCCUCCGGUGCCUGGACCUCAGUAUACCACCCAACAACGAGCAGGCUGCGCGUUGCUCGAGGGACAUCCUCCAGGCUUGUAUCAGGAAUACAGAAAAGGCCGGCAGGGGAAGCGAGCUAUUAGGCAAAAGCGCUAUCUUGCAUGCGUUACAGGGGUCUGAUCCUGAACUGCCUACCGCCACCAAGCCACCGAAGGACGAGUCGGAGGCCCGACCACUUAAGGCGAACGAAAAGGAGCGUCUGAAGGUCGUGAGGCUUAGCGAGAUAGAAGUGGUCGAUUGUGUCGGCGAGAUUUGUCGUGGGGAGAGAGACGUCGGUGCCGAUGCGCGCCAAGCUCUGCUCGAGAGGCUGGAGGAGAUGGCCCGUGCUGAGCGCGUAGAGGGGAGACUUUCCCAGCUGCUGGAGCUGAUGGACGGGUUGGAGGCGAGCGCGAAGAUGCCUGCAAAGGCGAGGCAAAAGGCUGUGAAUGGGGAUGCGAGGCUGGGCCUGGGCCUGGGGUUGAAUGGGCUCAGUAUUGCCAGUCCUAGUGGGAGCGGGAGUGGAAGUAGCCCUGGUGAAGGUUCAGGAUCUGGCACACAUACACCUGUCCAGAGCCCGGGUGGUUCGCAGACGCUUUCCACCAGCCCGAGCAUAGCACACGCACUCUCACCCGCGUUUAGCAUCACUUCGGGGAGUGAUGAUGAAGCGUCUGAUGAGGAGCCGCUUGGUGCUGGAGUGGACCCAGAUGCUGAGGAGCUUGGGAGGGACAUCCGACCUCGUCUCAGUGUGGGCGUGUCCUUCGAAGGAGCAGGAGAAGCACAUAACGCUUCCCGCUCUUCGCCGGUCGUCACUUCCCCUGCAAGCGGGAGCCGUCUGCCUCCCCACAGUCCGGUGGAGGAGAGGAGCAAGUACUGGGUCGAGGAGGAGGGAGAAGUUUUCAGACGUGGACAUGCGUUAUUGACGGAGGAUGAGAUGGAGGAGAAGGAUGUUGAUGGGGAUGAGCUGAGAAAAGAGUUACUGGAGAAAGAGGUGAAGAGACCCCCGCCGAGGACGGUGCCUCUGGAAGAUGAGACUACCAGCCCUCGCGAGGAGGUGCCUACACUAUCGUUCUUCCCUGAUCAAGUCCGACCUUAG